AUGGCCGAAUUGGAAACAUACAAAGGCUACUACCUCUGGCGCUACAUACCUUCAUUGGCAGCAGCUGUCAUAUUCCUGAUCCUAUUCCUAGCGGCAACCCUCUUUCACAUGUGGAAGAUAUGGAAGACACGGACCAUGUUUUGCAUCGUUUUUGCAAUUGGUGGACUAUUCGAGGUAGUAGGAUUUGGUGCACGAGCAGCUGCCCACAACAGCACCGGUAGCGUCUUGAUCUAUUCCAUCCAGAACGUGUUCAUUCUCCUCGGACCGACCCUCUUCGCCGCCACCGUCUACAUGACCCUGGGACGCAUCAUUCGCAGCAUUCGCGCAGAACAGUACUCGGUGGUUAAGGUGAAUUGGUUGACCAAGAUCUUUGUGACGGGAGAUGUUGUAUCAUUCCUUCUCCAAGGCACCGGAGCUGGCAUCAUGGCCACUGGGAGCAAUGCAUCACUUGGUCAAGAUAUCAUCAUGGUCGGUCUGGUGGUGCAAGUGGUGAUGUUUAUCCUCUUCAUAAUCACCGCCGUGAUCUUCCAGGUCCGGAUGCACCAUUAUCCAACCCAUCAGGCUUUUGACGCCGAGCUUCCGUGGAAGAAACACCUUUACACGCUCUAUGCGGUCAGCUCGUUGAUUCUGGUUCGGUCCAUUUUCCGAGUAGUGGAGUAUGCUAUGGGCCAGGAGGGAUAUCCGCUUACUCAUGAAUGGACCCUGUACAUCUUUGAUGCGGUCUUGAUGUUUGCUGCCAUGGUUAUUUACGGCGUGUUCUUCCCCAGUGAGCUGCGAGUUGAACGGCCGAAGAGCGUCGAAAGUGGAGGGAUAGCAUUGGGUGGCGCGGAGGGUGUUUAA